CCCAAGAAAAGGACGAUUUUUGAUUGGAUGGCUGCAGUGUUGCCAAUUUAGUGACUUUGUUACUACGUUUAGCGACUUUUCAGACCCCUUUAGCGACUUUUUCUCAUAAAAGCGACUGGCGACAUAUACAGCAACUUUUUGGACGGACCUUAACUCCUCUCCUUGAAGGGGGUCGCCAGUAUUUAUCAGUAAAUGAGCGCUAAUGUGACUCUUUGGAUUGACCUCUCAGCAGGUGGGACAGAGCAUCUGCGCGUUCAGUGGAUCAAUCAUCAGCCAGACAGAGACGUGAAUGAGUUGUGAAUCUCCCACACGGCCGGUGCCUCAGAUGCAGAAGGGUCAAGGUUCUGGGUAUCACCCCCCAGGGACCCAAAGGGCCAGAGUGGCAGGCCCUGAGGGCCCGGGGCCAGCUGUCAGACGUUUAUCCCAGCAGCUGAGGUGCUGCUGGGAAGGCUGCACUUUCCCAGGGGUACAAUCUUCAAUUCUGACACUGGCCCCCAGUUUUCUGUGGGAUCAGACUGACCAAGGUCAGCGAUCUGGCAAAUUCUCAGGCACUCGUGGAGAAGGACGCCAUCGAGAAACUAGAUCUGCAGACACAGCCAGACACAGUGCAGAGAACCAGGCUGAUCUAUCCAGGCAUCGAAUCACUCACAUCCUGAAUGCAGCGCACAGCAAACGUCGAGGACAGCCAGAUAUCUAUGAGGGCAUGAACAUCACCUAUAUGGGCAUAGAGGCUCAUGACUCCUGUAGCUUUAACAUGAGCGUCAACUUCCAGGCAGCGGCAGACUUUAUUCACAGGGCUCUCAGCAGAGGAGGCAAAGUGCUGGUGCAUUGCCAUGUAGGAGUGAGCCGCUCCGCCACCCUGGUGCUGGCUUACAUGAUGCUGAAGCAGAACCUGACUCUUGUGGAGGCUAUUUGUGCUGUGAAAGAAAACCGGGGUGUUAUCCCUAACAGAGGUUUCCUCCGACAGCUCAUCCACCUGGACAGACAACUCUUUGGCAAACAUCACUGAAGCCUGAAAUACUGCUCAGGUCUCAUCGGUCCAGAACAAAAGGAAACUAUAGCUCAAUAAUUCUUAGCAGUGUUGAAAAUGUGAGAUAAAUUGAUCCUGACUAAUCUGAUUAUAUGGGUAUAUGUAGAAUUUCUAUUAACAGCAUCUUAUCCUUGGAUCAUGUUUUAAUCGCUAUAAACUAAAAGUGAUUUCUCUGAAGUGCAAUUUGUACAUGAUAAAGAUUUGUUGUCCAACUUUUACAUUAAAAACAUAUAUCUGGUACAGCUUUUA